AUGAAUCCCAAAAAAUUACCAAAUAUUUAUAGAAAUGACUUAGAAAAUAGUUUUAUUAGAAAAUUUGAAAGAUCUUUCAUAAGUUAAAGUUUGAAAUCUAGUCAAGUUACAAGAGUGAGAUUAUAUAAAUAAAAAUAACCAAGAUAUCAAAUAAACGAGAAUCUAAAAUAGUUAUCUUAGUGGAACGAACUAAAACAAGAUCAUAAAAAGUAAUAAAAAAUUUAUUAUAUAUAGACUUAAAUAUUAUCCUAGAGGUAAAAGUUCGGAAAGCUCGAUUGAAGGUCAAAAUGGUAAAAAAGUUUCUUAGUUUUUUUUAUUAAUACCUUAUCAUCGUCCUGCUCAAUAGAGAUUCAAUUAAUGUAGAAGGAUGUGGAAAUGUUUAAUUUUAGGAGUGUAGAUUAUACUUUUUUAUAGCAAACUUUAUAGAGAAUAAUUAAUUUCUAAGACUGCUUCAUGUCCUCAUAUUCCUCCUCGAAGAAGUAGUCUUAAAAGUCUCAAUUAUCCUACAAGUCCACCUAAAAGAAAAUUUCGAAGUAGAACUUAAGGGGAAGGAAAGAAUUAACCAAGUGGUUUUGGUGAUUAUGUAAAAGCUAUGUAUGAGAGUGAGAAAUAAAAAAAAGAAUUAUGUUCAAAAUCAGUAAUCACAAAAGAAUUUCGUUUUAACGAUUCAAGAAUAAAAAGACUUAUGACUUCAAAGAUAUGUGAUCAAACACUUGAUCUCUCAAGAAAUAGAUGUACAAGCAAUAAAGAUACUAAUUAAUUACCUAUUCUUAUGUAAAUAGCACCUUACAAAGAGGAAAACAUUAGAAUAAAGAGAGUUUCUUCUACUAUGAUAAGAAGAAUAAGAACUCUCAGAUUAUAUUGA